AUGCCAGAAAACUUCGGCACAUUCAAAAGCACAUGGUACAACGAGGUUGAGAACCCGACAGCCCGCAAGAAUGCAUACUAUGACGAUAUCCCUCGUGACUUUCGUAUUGUUGCUGCUGGUAACGAUUGGCCAUCCACUGCUGAAACAUUUAAAGCAGAACCCUCCUUGGUACUAGAAGGGUCUCAAAUCUGCCUCAAUCCUCUUCGCCGUGCAAGGCGAUGGUUUGCCCGGCGAAAGGUACAGGUUUGA